UCAAAUAAACACCUAGACUUCCCCCUCCGCCCACCGACGUGUGCUCACCUCGGGGGUCGUCGCCGUUUUUCUCUGAGGAGCCGAAGGAGCCGGUGGGGACGAGCUGGUCCAGUUAGUGCCUGGGGCGGUUGCACAGGCCGGCCAGGAUUGUCAAGGCCGCGGAACCUGGCUCCGGCCUUGCCCGGCCCGCGCUCCGGCCGCCAGAGCCAAGUUGGAGGAAGAGUGAAGAAGGGGACGGACGGGGCCCAGGGACUGCGGGGCCCUUCCCGCCGCGGGCCGGUCCCAGGAUUUGCGGGUGGCUUUGGGCGCUAAAGUCCGUGUCCAGUGCAGUUGGGGCCCGAGGAUUUGCUGGGGGGGGUGUGUGUGCGUGUGGAAUUUGUGGGGACGGAGGCUGCCUGGGGAAUGACACUCUCCCCUCCACAACAGUCCGAGGUUAUGCGUCUCAAUGAUCCCGCGGAAACGCUACGGGUCUAAGAACACGGAUCAGGGUGUCUACCUGGGUCUCUCAAAGACUCAGGUCCUGUCCCCUGCAACUGCUGGCAGUACCAGCAGCGACAUCGCCCCUCAGCCCCCCCCAGUGGCCCUGGUCCCUCCCCCUCCCGACACCAUGUCCUGCCGGGACCGGACCCAGGAGUUCCUGUCUGCCUGCAAGUCCCUGCAGAGCCGCCAGAAUGGAAUUCAGACAAACAAGCCGGCUCUGCGUGCUGUCAGGCAGCGCAGUGAAUUCACUCUCAUGGCCAAGCGCAUUGGGAAAGACCUCAGCAACACAUUUGCCAAGCUGGAGAAGCUGACAAUCUUGGCAAAACGCAAGUCCCUCUUUGAUGAUAAAGCAGUGGAAAUCGAGGAGUUAACUUAUAUCAUCAAACAGGACAUCAAUAGCCUCAACAAACAGAUCGCCCAACUGCAGGAUUUCGUGAGAGCCAAGGGCAGCCAGAGCGGCCGACACCUGCAAACCCACUCCAACACCAUCGUGGUCUCACUGCAGUCAAAACUGGCCUCCAUGUCCAAUGAUUUCAAAUCAGUUUUAGAAGUGAGGACAGAGAACCUGAAGCAGCAGAGGAACCGGCGGGAGCAGUUCUCUCGGGCGCCCGUGGCAGCCCUGCCCCUUGCUCCCAACCACCUGGGAGGUGGUACUGUGGUUUUAGGGGCAGAGUCUCGUGCUUCUGGGGACGUGACCAUCGACAUGAUGGACUCUCGGACCAGCCAGCAGCUGCAGCUCAUUGAUGAGCAGGAUUCCUACAUCCAGAGCCGCGCAGACACCAUGCAGAACAUUGAGUCCACAAUUGUCGAGCUGGGCUCCAUCUUUCAGCAGUUGGCACACAUGGUUAAGGAACAGGAAGAGACCAUUCAGAGGAUCGAUGAGAAUGUGCUGGGGGCCCAGCUGGAUGUCGAUGCUGCGCAUUCAGAGAUCCUCAAGUACUUCCAGUCGGUCACUUCCAACCGGUGGCUCAUGAUCAAAAUCUUCCUCAUCCUCAUUGUCUUCUUCAUCAUCUUUGUGGUCUUCCUUGCCUGAACCCUCUCUACUCUGAGGCACUCCAUGGGGGUUUGCAACCCUCCUGGGAGGGCAGGUAGCCAGUGCUGCCACUGAGCCUGUGCAGGGUGCUUGGAGAAUGGCCCUGUGUCCCUGGAACUGCUGAGAAUGGCCACUGCCCUUGAUUCCUCCAUCCUUUGCCUCUGGUCACCCACCCCAUUCUCCCCUCACCACCCUCAGGCCCAUGAAACCACGGUUCUGGAUUCGGACUCUGCUGUGAAGUGGCUGGAAGAGAGCAGAGGCCAGCUGGGGGUCAGUGGAAGAGGUUGUCUCCACUAGGAGAUUUUUAUAUACCCUCCCCAGCCUCUCCCAAAUGAAACUUUGGCAGCAAGGGGAGAUGAUGCCCUUCCCCACCUUCCUGACAGUGAGGAGGGGAAGUGGAACUGCCCCAGGGACCAACUUUCCCAUCUGGGUUAGGAUUUGACCUCUUCCUCUCUUCACCAUGUGAGGCAGCCCCUCAGCUGCCUGCACAACCUUGACAUUGGCUGCUGGUGACUCUCAACCUGCCAAAUGCACUGCAGCCCAUUUUCUCCCAAUUACAGCAAGACUGUUAGCCUCA